AUGGAAGACGCGGCGUCAGCAGCAGCAGCAGUCAACGGCAACGGCGCAGACGAAGACGGCCGCAAGAUCAAAAAGACAAAAACCCAUCGCGCCGCCCCCCUAGCAGAGCGCAUGCGACCCAAAACCCUCGACGACGUCUGCGGCCAAGACCUGGUCGGCCCGGACGGCGUCCUCCGCUCGCUCAUCGAGUCGAACCGCGUCCCGUCCAUGAUCCUCUGGGGCGCGUCCGGCACGGGCAAGACGACGAUUGCGCGGUGCAUCGCGCACAUGGUGGGUGGGCGCUUCAUCGAGCUCAACGCGACGAGCUCGGGCGUGCAGGAGUGCAAGCGGCUCUUCGCCGAGGCGGCCAGCGAGCUGCAGCUGACGGGGCGCAAGACCAUCAUCUUCUGCGACGAGAUCCACCGCUUCAACAAGGCCCAGCAGGACGUCUUCCUGCGGCCCGUCGAGGCCGGCACAAUCACCCUCAUCGGCGCCACGACGGAGAACCCGUCCUUCAAGGUGGCCAACGCGCUGCUCUCGCGCUGCCGCACCUUCACCCUGCGGCCGCUGGGCGCCGACGACGUCGUGGCCAUCCUGCGGCGCGCGCGCAAGGCCGAGGAAUCCGUGUACCCGCCCUCGCCGCUCAUCGACGACGAGAUGAUGGAGUACCUGGCGCGCUUCAGCGACGGCGACGCCCGCACCGCGCUCAACCUGCUCGAGCUCGCCCUCUCGCUCACCCUCCGCGACGGCAUGACCAAGGACGCCAUCAAGCAGUCCCUCACCAAGACGCUCGUCUACGACCGCGCCGGCGACCAGCACUACGACACAAUCUCCGCCUUCCACAAGUCUGUAAGGGGCAACGACCCGGACGCUGCCCUCUACUACCUCGCCCGCAUGCUCCAGUCCGGCGAGGACCCCCUCUUCAUCGCCCGCCGCAUGGUCGUCAUCGCCUCCGAGGACGUCGGCCUCGCCGACAACUCCCUCCUCACCCUCGCCACGUCCACCUACACCGCCACCCAGCAGAUUGGGCUCCCCGAGGCCCGCAUCCCGCUCGCACACUGCGCCGUCGCGCUCUGCCUCGCGCCAAAGAGCACCCGCGCGUACCGCGGCCUUAACAACGCCUUUGCCGCCCUGCGCGAGCCCGGCGUCGCUAGCUUGCCUGUGCCGCUGCACCUGCGCAACGCGCCGACGAGGUUGAUGCGCGAUAGGCUCAUGCGCGACCUGGGCUGCGGCGCCGAGUACAAGUAUCCGCCCAACUACAGGGACGGCAAGGUCAAGCAGCGCUAUCUGCCCGAGGAGCUGACGGGGCGGCGGUUUCUGGAGGCGAGGGACUUGGGGACCGAGGUUGAUCCUGAUUAUGAGAUGGAUGAUGCGGGUGCGUGA